UUCGGUUGAAGUUUAAGUCGUAUAUAACAUUAUCUGUUCUCAUUAACAUUAAAAAUACCAUACAAAAAGAACGAAAACCAAAAUGGCACUUUUCGAAGCGAGCUGAUUUUAGGAAGAACCUCCGAUGUCAGCGGGGAGGAUGAUUUUCUUAGUUUUGUGGCGAUUUCGCCAGUAAUCAAGGUGAAUUGACUGGCUUACAAUUUAAAUGUUAAAUAUGACUCCUUCUUUAAAUCGAAAACGAAGCUCAUCUGUAAGUUUUACAAGAGCUAAGGAUGAUAGCGAAGAUGCUGCAGAUGAAAUUCAUAUAUCUUUAGCACCAUAUAUCCAAACAUAUUUGGCACACAGUGGACAAGGACUUGGAUGUUGUGGAAUUAGCCUUCCAGUACCAUUUGAACGUGCAGCACCAAGAUCUUGGUGGAAUCCUAGAUUUGAUUCAGAAAUACUUGAAGAUCAAUUUAAAAGAAGUGCCUUUCCACAAAUUAGAUUAAGAUUCCGGUAUGCCCUAACAUAUAUCUUACUGGUUUCUUUAUCAUGGUUAGCAUAUUUUGUUGUAAUUGGAACAGAAUACAAUACUACAACAUGGCCUGUCAUAGCAGCAGUUUUCACUGCUGUUGGAACAAUGGUAUCAGCAGUCUUAUAUUUAACACAUACAGAUUAUUAUAAAAGUUAUGUGUUACCAAUUUCAUUAGGAGUUGCAUCUAUGCUUUGCAUCCUGUCUUUACUUUUUCUCACAAUAGUACCACCUUAUAUAGAUGGCUUAACUCUAGUCGGGCAUUUUGCACUAUGUUCUGAGAUUUUGUUAUUGAUUUACACUGUCUUGCCAAUGCCACUAUAUGCUUGUGUGGGAAUAUCAAUGGUAUAUUCUUUUCUAUUUGAAUUUUUGACUGCUUACCUAUAUGGUACAAAAGAUGCAAGAGAGAAGUUUUUUAGCAAACAUAUUCUAUUGAAUACUUCAACAGAAAAUGAUGCUACAAUAGAUUAUAGCAGAAUAUCAGCAGCUGUAUAUUCCUCUUUGAGGAAUUUCAAUAACAGUCAAUUUUCUAAUGUGAUACACGAUGACAACGAAUCUACAACUACAAGUAUGAAAAUAGUAUCGUAUUCACAGGAUUCAAAACUGUUAUCUGCUCUUGGAAUGAAAUCAAAUCAAGAAACUAUAACUGGAAGGAUAUCUGGAGUUUUGAAUGAUACGAAUAUUUUCAAGAAUUUAAAUUCUACUGUAAUAUCAACGAUAGCUACUGUUAAUUCCACUAUGAAUGCUUCAUCUAAUGAUUUAAUCUCCAAAGGUAUAAACAAUGCAACUUCGAUAUUAGAAGAAACUCUAUUAACUUACAAAAAUGGUGAAAUGUCAAAUUAUUUCUUAAGUAGCAACAUAUCUAACCGAACAUUUUCGGAUGAUUAUUUUUCUACGAGUCUUGGAAUAAGAAUCUUAAUGCAGAUCUGCAUUCAUCUGAUAGGUAUACAUAUUUUAAUAAUGACUUUUGUAAGGAUGCGUGGUACAUUUAUGAAAGUCGGACAAUCAUUGUUGGUCCGGCGGCAGCUAGAAAUGGAAAAGCAACUUAAAGAGAAAAUGAUCCACUCAGUAAUGCCUCCUAAAGUCGCAGAUUGGUUAAUGGAAGAAAGCGAACGUGAAAGGGAACGAGAAGAUUCAUUAAAAAAAGGUUCGAUACCGUCCAAUAACACAGAUAUUCGCUCAUUAUUUCGACCAUUUAAUAUGCAUUCAAUGGAAAAUGUUAGUAUCCUAUUUGCUGAUAUUGUUGGAUUUACGCGAAUGAGUUCCAAUAAGACUGCAGAAGAAUUGGUAGGCAUUUUAAAUGAUCUUUUUGAAAGAUUCGAUGAUCUAUGUGAACAUCAUGGAUGUGAAAAAAUUUCUACAUUGGGAGACUGUUAUUACUGUGUAAGUGGAUGUCCUGAGCCAAAGCCUGAUCAUGCAAGAUGUUGUAUUGAAAUGGGAUUAGCCAUGAUAGAAGCUAUAAAACAGUUUGAUAUUGAAAGAAGGGAAGGUGUUAAUAUGAGGGUUGGAGUGCAUACUGGAACUGUACUUUGUGGAAUUGUAGGAACCAAAAGAUUUAAAUUCGAUGUCUGGUCUAAUGAUGUAACUUUAGCAAACAAACUAGAGAGCACAGGAAAACCAGGAAGAGUUCAUCUAAGUGAAAAGACACUGAAUUUCCUGAACGAUCGAUAUCUUACAGAAGAAGGGGAUUUAAUAAAUGGUAUUAAAACAUACUUUAUUAAAGGUCGAAAGUCAGAUUUUACCAACCAAUUCAUAAUGAAUAUUACAUCCCCAACAAGUAUAUCGCCUUUGAUGCAAUCGCGUCACCGUUUGGCCUCCUGUAAUAGUCAAUCUAAAUCAAAAUAUCAUUACCUCCAUAUGGUUACUAAUACAAGUAAUUAUAGAAUGAAAGCAAACUCUUUGCCAAGUAUCCUAGAUUCUGAAAACGGAGAUACUGAUACUACAGAUGAAAAGGAGAAUGCAAAUAAAAGUCCAAUAUCUGUUGCCAGUUAUGGAAAGAAAAAAGUACGGAACAAACCAUGGAAAUAUUUACAACGACAACGAACUACUGAAGAAAUGACACCUCUCGAAAUGGAAGAAGCCAAAGCAAUUAUUGCCGAACGAUCAAAAACUGAAUCUCAAUCGUACGAAGAUCGCAAUGGAUUUAGGCAGAAUACAUCUCAAAAUGAGAUUGAAAUGGAUCCAAAUCCUGUACCUUCUAGUCCUUUAUUAUCUGGUCAAGAGCCACUCAGUCGUGCCUCUUCUAUGUGCAGUAGGAAAGAUUCAGGAAUUAGAAGUAACAGCAGACGUAGUAGUAUACAGCAACAGUUGUUUUUGAUGAACGGCAUGGCUCAAGGAGAUUUAUUGGCACACAGAGUGAGUGGUUAUUAUACUUCUAGUUCAACUUUAAACUCUGUACAUGAGCCAUCAUCUUCAGUGCCUCCUUAUCCAUUUCCUCCAGCAGUCACGGAUACCUUUGGUGCAUGUUUUCACAAGUUAAGAAAACAAUCUGAUCUACAGUUAAUCAGGUGUGUUCAAGAUAACGUAAGUUCUCAACGAUCAUAUUUCGUGAAACCACCACUUUCGAGUUUGACUCUCUUUUUCAAGAACAAAGAAAUGGAAAAGGAAUAUAGAGAGAAUGCUCACAAGGUUAGCGAAUGUAUCAGUGGAAAUCCACCUACUCUAGCUACCUCGAGAUUUAAUACAUACUUUGAUAUUUUGAUAUCGGCGUUGGUUUACACUGCCGUUAUAGUUUCGCUCCUUUUACUAUGCGAUCCAACGUUAUAUUAUAUGAUUUUUUUUGUAUGUGCUACUAUGAUUCAAAUUAUAGCGGUGUCACUUUGUGUUCGACAACUUUUAUAUCCAAAUAUGGUUCAUGCAACAUUGACACAGCAAAUAUUUAAAUUCUUUUCACAAUGGUACCCUUGGCAUAUUUGUGGUGCAGUUUUAGUCGGUUUACCGAUUACAUCAAUUCUUCUUAAUUACACAUGCAGUAACUUCCAUAAUUUAAAUAAUUUUGAAUAUUAUUAUGGAUACUUGAUUUUUAUUGGUUUAGUCCAUUUUUGUAAUUUUACACAGCUCAAUUGUUGGAUGAAAAACUUUUUGGUAACAUUUAUGGGUGUAUUGUUUCUUUAUCUUGUGAUGUGUCAUCUAUCAUAUGAUCAAAGAAAUCUCGGUAGUCAAUUUAUUAACAAUUCACUAAAUUAUUCACAAUCCUCGAUAAAUAAACGUGUUAUUGAUUUAAUUAAGAAUCAACUUAAUGAGAGUAUUAUAAAAGAUGUAUUUAAUAAUACUCCUGCUUUCUUAUCAAAUUUUACAACGGGGAUCGCUCUUAUGAGGCUACAAGAAGCGGAAAUCAGAUACCAUGAAAGAUUAUACAAUUCCGAGAUCUUUUUAGAUAUGAUACUUUUACUUUUGCUAGUUUGGUUUCUAAAUCGUGAAUUUGAAAUUAGUUAUCGGUUAAGCUUUCACGGAAACGCUGUAGCCGCACGAGAUAAAAGUCGUGUACAAUCUAUGAAAAAUCAAGCUGAUUGGCUUUUACAUAAUAUUAUACCAAAAUAUGUUGCUGAUCAAUUAAAAACCACUGCUAAAUAUUCACAAAAUCAUAAAGCUGUAGGAAUAAUUUUUGCAAGUAUAGUGAACUUUAAUGAACUUUAUGAUGAAUCUUAUUUGGGUGGUAAAGAGUAUUUGCGUGUGCUUAACGAACUUAUUGGUGAUUUCGAUGAGUUGUUAGAAAGACCGGAAUUCUCAAAUGUAGAAAAGAUUAAAACUAUUGGUAGCACAUUCAUGGCAGCGAGUGGUUUAAAUCCACAAGUUAGACAGCAAAGUGAACACGAGUAUAUGCAUCUGUUUCAAUUAGUAGAUUUUGCUAUGGCAAUGCAUAAAGUAAUAAAUGAUUUUAAUCGAGAUUUGCUAGGUUUUAAAUUAAUCUUAAGAAUUGGCUUUAAUUAUGGAGACGUAACUGCCGGAGUGAUUGGAGCAACAAAGUUGUAUUAUGAUAUUUGGGGUGACGCUGUAAAUAUAGCAUCUAGAAUGGAUUCGACUGGAGUUGCUGGAAGAAUACAAGUGGCUAAGAACGUUUUAGAUAUUCUUUCGGAACGGUACGAGUUCGAACCACGUGGUCAAGUCUAUGUUAAGGGAAAAGAUAAUAUGGACGUGUUUUUAUUAAUAGGGAAAAAAAAUGAUAUUAAUACAACAAGCACUUAAAUGCUUUCAAAUCUCUAAUGAUCAAGUUGAUUGUUUAUAAAAUUAAUUGUUUGCACGUUACACUUAUAUUGAGCAUAUGAUCUUUUCCGGAUCAGACUUCUAGCGAUAUUUCGAUCUCGUUAAGAAUUGUAUGAAUUUGUGGUAUAACGUACCGUCAACGUUACACACGUUAAAAACGUACCUUACUCUUUAAUUGCUCGCUCAUUAAAGAUAUUUAUUCUUAACGAAAUAUUCACUGUAUUUUUUUACGUAAUCUAAGAGCAUCAGAUGCGAGACCUACCAAAACCUACCUUUAUAAAAAGUACAAAAUCAAAUCGAUUUGAAGAAAUUAAACUUUUCCUUAAUUAUUGUUGCGAAAAAUUUAUCGAGACAGAUAUAGUACGCAUCUUCAUUGUUGUGUGCUGAAUGAACGAACGAACGAUGCGAAUGAGCGGAUGAACGUUAUAUAAAAUGACCGACCUUAGUCGUCGUCAACAGUUCCUAGAAUAAAA